UUGAUUUUAUUCAUGAGAUUUUGUGAUUUGGAUAAGUUCCGAGCCUUGUGCACUUGUGGGACCCGUCUCACGAGUGCACGGCGUCUGUCGCGCCUCGGAUUUGGGUUCUGGGGCGUGACAAUAAAAAAAAAAAAAUUUGGCUUUUCUUCAUGAAAAGGAAGAUGAUGUGUUUCCAUUAUUUUUUGUAUACAGAUAUGAGACGAGGUAUGCGAGGUGCAUCUUCUUCUAGACAGCAGGUUGAUCCAGAGGGAGAACCACAGAGGUCAUUUCGUCGUCUUAUUCGGGGGCCUCGUAGGGCUGUUCCUACACAGCAACAGUUACCUAGCUUGAGCCAGCAUCCCGCACAGCAACAGAUUUUCAAUUUGACUCAGCUUCCCACAUAGCUGCAACAGGAGCAACCCACUGUUACUCAACCACCAUUGGCCGAUGACCAAUUAACUGGUGAUGAUGCAACAAUGGAGGAGGACACUGAAGAGCGUAAUUUGGAGGCUGAGUUAGAGGUUGAGUAUGCUGUGCUUGAUCUUGAGUUAGAUGCUCAGUUGAAGGAGGAGCUAUCACGUGCUGUCCCGAAGACAGGACGUGGCAUGGAUAAAGGAGAUGACGCUCCUGCAGACCCGAGUCAGAGGAAGGUGCUUAGCCUUAAUCGCCGAGGCACGUUCAACCAUGAGAGGUUUGGGAGGGCUGCCACAGUCAUUUGGAAGUACUUGUAUGAUGAGCCAGUGCUUUUCUGGUCUAGCUGGCCUGAGGAAAAGAAGAGGGUUGCUUGGGAGAAUUUUCAGAGGACAUAUUAUUGGGAAGAGGAUGAUGCUCGUGUGUAUAAAGUCUGAAGAUUACAUUGUCGAAACCGUUUUCGAGACGAGUUUCAUCGAGCUCGAAAGGCGUGGGUCAGGAACAAGAAGUUGCCCGAGUUCAUGCAUAAAAUGACAAUUUAAGGAAAAUUUUUCUAUUUUUAAAGAAAAAUCAAAUAAAUUAUUAACAUUUAAUUUUUUUUUUCAUUGUAGAGGACAUAUUAUUGGGAAGAGGAUGAUGCUCGUGUGUAUAAAGUCUGAAGAUUACAUUGUCGAAACCGUUUUCGAGACGAGUUUCAUCGAGCUCGAAAGGCGUGGGUCAGGAACAAGAAGUUGCCCGAGUUCAUGCAUAAGGAUACUUUUAAAAUUUUGUUGGCAAAAUGGAGGAGUCCAAAAUAUAUUGCACUCCAGGAAAGAGGUCGAGAAAACCGAUCAAAGGGUGAUCGUGUGACCCACACAACUGGAUGCCUUUCUAUUGGGAUCCAUGAGGAUCGACUGGCGGCUAAAAGAGGAGGAGUUAGGCCGACACCGUUAGAGUCGUACUUGUUGACUCACACGACUCGCCGACCUGAUGCUCCAGAAGAUGCCCCACCCGCUUGGAUAUGUCUACAGGCUGAGUAGACAUAUAACGAUGCUCACCAAAAAUAUGUGGAGAAGCAUGGGCCAGACAAGGAUUCAUGGCCAGAAUGGGAUCCACUUAUCUGGAAGAAGGUGGUUGGACCUCCUAAAAAGGGUCAGAUGAGAGGGAUGUCUACAUUACAAGAUCCAGCAAAGC